CUACAGCAACACCCGACUGUCACACGCCCGCUGAGGCCUAAACGGACAGCAAACAUCCACAACUGAAGAAGCCUCGUGGAUUAAACGUGAAACGUCUUCAACAAACCAGAACAGUCCAAUUGCUUGGACUAGGCUCCGGCGACCCUUGUGAGGAUAAGCCGCAAAAAAAAAACCCGGGCCGAGACUCAACCUUGGUGGAGAAAGGACCUCCUGCAGAUGAGCGCCGGCCGCGUGUGCACGAAAGGCUCCGCGGCACUUUUGACGAGCAAAAAAAGAAGAAUAAUAAUAAUAAUAAAAAAAAAGCGGACGAUCAGCGUGCGGCGGCUCUGACAGCGCGCGCGCGCCCGAGAGCGAGAGCGGGAGAGAAAAGACACCCCCGGGGGCGCCGCUUCCACCAUGGCGUUAACGAUCUGCACGAGGUUUACCGACGAAUAUCAGCUGUUUGAGGAGCUGGGGAAGGGAGCCUUUUCCGUGGUCAGGAGGUGCGUGAAGAUCUCCUCAGGUCAAGAAUAUGCUGCCAAAAUCAUCAACACCAAGAAGCUCUCAGCCAGAGAUCAUCAAAAGCUGGAGAGGGAGGCCAGGAUCUGCCGUUUACUCAAGCACCCCAACAUCGUGCGCCUCCACGACAGCAUAUCAGAGGAGGGCUUCCACUAUUUGGUGUUUGAUCUCGUGACGGGAGGAGAGCUGUUCGAGGACAUCGUGGCCCGCGAGUACUACAGCGAGGCCGACGCCAGCCACUGCAUCCAGCAGAUCCUGGAGAGCGUCCAUCACUGCCACGUGAACGGGAUCGUCCACAGGGAUUUGAAGCCCGAGAACCUUCUAUUGGCCAGUAAGCUGAAGGGGGCAGCGGUCAAGCUCGCUGACUUUGGGCUGGCUAUCGAGGUGCAGGGGGACCAGCAGGCAUGGUUUGGUUUCGCCGGUACCCCCGGAUACUUGUCUCCCGAGGUUUUGAGGAAAGAUCCGUACGGGAAACCGGUGGAUAUGUGGGCCUGCGGAGUGAUUUUGUACAUUCUGCUGGUGGGCUACCCUCCGUUCUGGGACGAAGACCAGCACCGCCUCUAUCAACAAAUCAAGGCCGGGGCCUACGACUUCCCAUCCCCCGAGUGGGACACUGUAACUCCCGAGGCCAAAGACCUGAUCAACAAGAUGCUAACCAUCAACCCCAGUAAACGCAUCACCGCCUCAGAGGCCCUCAAGCACCCGUGGAUCUGCCAACGGUCCACCGUGGCGUCCAUGAUGCACAGACAGGAGACUGUGGAGUGCCUGAAGAAGUUCAACGCCAGGAGGAAACUCAAGGGGGCCAUACUGACCACUUUGCUUGUCACAAGAAACUUCUCAGCAGCCAAGAGUUUGCUGAACAAAAAAUCAGACGGCGUUAAGGUAAACAACAAAGCAAACACAGCGACCAGUCCUAAAGACACUGGCCCCGCCCCCGCACUGGAACCGCAGACGACUGUGAUCCACAAUCCCGUGGACGGAAACAAGGAAUCGGUGGAGAGCGCCAACACCACCAUCGAAGACGAAGACGUGAAAGCUCGCAAACAGGAAAUCAUUAAAGUCACCGAGCAGUUGAUCGAGUCUAUCAACAACGGAGACUUUGAGGCCUACGCGAAGAUCUGCGAUCCCGGUCUGACUUCCUUUGAGCCCGAGGCGCUGGGAAAUCUGGUGGAGGGACACGACUUCCACCGCUUUUAUUUUGAAAACGCCCUGUCUAAAGGCAACAAGCCAGUGCACACCAUUCUCUUGAACCCGCACGUUCACCUCAUCGGGGAGAACGCGGCGUGCAUCGCCUACAUCCGCCUGACCCAGUACAUGGACGGCGGAGGGAUGCCGCGCACCAUGCAGUCGGAGGAGACCCGCGUGUGGCACCGCCGGGACGGCAAGUGGCAGAACAUCCACUUCCACCGCUCCGGCUCCCCCAGCAUCCCCUCCCAUUGAUGGAAUCAAAAAGACGAGAGCAUCCUUCCCACCCGUCCGGGCCGGUCCAGCCCGACCCGCGACUGCUCUCCGACCUUUGACCCUCUCAACACACGGCACAGGACACAAAAAACGACACCAGUACAUGUUCCAGUUGUGGCAUUUAAUCAACGAAGGAAACCGCCAGCAGGUGGCAGCACAUUACGAAAUGAGCAUUUUUUUUUGGCAACUUUAGUUUCUUUUUUUUUUUUUUUUUUUAAGAUUUUUUUGGUAUGCGUUUGAAAUCUAUCAAUUAGAAAUCUGCUGUAAUCACUCCUGGAAGUUCAUUGUGUAUUUUUAAUGUGUAUUUCUCUGCGUGUAAGCCAAAAGAGCAAGCAAAUUGGAAGAGGCGAGCGAACGUUCAAACGAAGCUUGCUUCAGUUCUGCUGAUGUAUAUACAGGAGACAUUGUGAUUGUUGAUGAAAAGAAACACAAACGUUGGAAUUGCUGUUCUCGUUGUCAGACGAAUGACGUUUUUUGUUUUUUUUUUUGUUUGUUUUUGUGUCAAAUCCGACUUAGCAACUCUUAUUUGUGUUCGCUACGAGCUCGAAGUCGCCGUCGGAAUCGUCUCGACGUCAACGUAUAAUCCUAAUUUAAAUGGAAAGAAAGCAGAGCUUACACUUUGCAUUGGAAUACCUUUGCCUUUAUAUCAGUGAUAUAAGAGAAUGUAGCAUAUUAUGUAAAAAUAUGAACAUCCAAGACUAUCGUGUAGUGCAUGGGGAGGGGGGGGGGGAUAUUGCGUAAGAUCAUAUGGAACUGCUGUAUAAUAUCUUCUGUUUGAGAUGUGACUCACUGAGUUGUUUGUCAACGUCGUGCACCAGUCCUGUCCCAAAUGUUUCGACUGUCCUCCGCUAUCAUGGACGACUUGUACAAAAAACAAUAACACAAUAAAGUUCAAAGCUGCAUAUCCGAAGGGAAGCGCUGAAGAAGAAAGAAACGAGAGCGCCACUUGCAUUUUGUACAAACGUGUUUAGGACGGGAGCGCAUUUUUCAUAAUGUUUGUACGACUGUGCGUUUCGGGGUUUCUGUUGUGCUUUUUUUUUCUCCCAGCGAGGACGACGACAAAGAAGAAGAUGAACUUUGCCAAUUUUGUUUGAGAUUGGGAGGCCGGACGAGGCGUGAGGGACGGACGUCUUCCUUGACGACAGCAAUCAUCUUUCAGAUUGGUUUGUGUGUUUCUGUGUGUCUCUCUCUCUCUCUUUUUUUUUUUUUAAAUGGCAAAAUACAUAAUGAAAACCUUCCUUUUGAUGAAACGUACGAUGUCAAUUCAAUUUUCAAUUGCUCCUUGACUGCCGGGUGACUCGCCAGCACGGCAAUGGACGGCUUAUCGUGUUUAAGAAGUAAAUAAAUGAGCUAAACGGUGUGAUCUCGAUUCUAAUG